CCAUGGGAGAGAGACGCGGGGACGGUUUAUUUACAUCCGAACAGGCGGUGUAAGUUCAGAAGGAAGCCGCUGCGUGUGUAUGUGUCUCCCCCCUUUACUUUCACCGACCCUCUCCUCCUCCACCACCUCCUCCUCCGCUGGCAGAAAUUUAUAAAGAACAAAAAAUCCGACGAGGGAGGGAGGGGGGUUGAUAUUCGCCGAGGCUGAAAUCGAGAGGCGAACCCAGGGAAAGAGGAGUCAUCCGUACACGGGACUUUCCCCCUCUUAGUCCCCCAAAAGGAGGGGGAAAAGUCGCAAUAUUGGACAACGAGAAGGAAUGAGACUCUAAGGGCGUGAAAACGCCUGCAAUUGUGGAUACUUUACAUAUUUUUAUUUCGAAAAAAUAUGGCCGAGAACGUUCUGGACUCUGGCCCGCCUUCAGCCAAGAGGCCUAAACUCUCCUCUCCGGCACUUUCCGCCUCCGCCAGCGAUGGAAAUGAUUUCGGACCACUGUUUGAGUUGGAGCAGGAUCUCCCGGACGAGCUCAUCAGCUCCAAUGAAACAGGCCUGGUCAAUGGCGGGGACCUUAGCCAGUUGCACACCACUCUGGGUGGAGGACCUGCAGGGCUGGGUUCUGGGGGGCCAGGAGGAAUGGGUCUUGGACUUGGCCCUGGAGGGGGUCCUGGGGGUGUCGGUGGAGGUCAGGACGCAGUGGCCAAGCACAAACAGCUGUCUGAGCUUUUGCGUUCAGGGGCCCCUGCCUCAAACCAACAAGGGCACCAAGGAGCCAUGGGCAGCCCAGGAGGGCCUACUGCCAUGGGGCAACACUUGGCAAACAUGAAAGCAUCCCCUGGUCAGGGACCUCAGCAAAUGAUGGGUCAGGGGCAGCAGCAGCACCUCUCUCCUCAACAGCAGGCCACCAUGAUGCAGCAGCAACAGAAUGCUGCGGCUGGAAUGUUGGGUGGCAUGAACAGAGCCAUGAUGAGCGCACAGCAGAAAGGCAAUAAUGGACCGCAGCAACCAGGAAUGAUGGGGAACCAAGUGAUGAACGGCUCCCCGAGGAUGGGGUUUGGGAAUCAAGGGAUGGGUGGAAACGGCAACCUGUUGGCUGAGACGCUACAGCAACAAGGACCUGGAGGACAGAACAGUAUGAGAGGCCAGCAGCCUGGAGCAAUGAACAAGAUGGGUAUGAUGGGAAACCCAGGAGGCCCCUUUGGUGGCCCUUAUGCUGGGCAAGGGAAUCAAGGUCUUGGAGGUGCAGGGCUGGGCCCUCAGCUUCAGAACAAGGGCCCCAUGGCCAACAGCCUGCCCCAGUUCAGUGUGGAUAAGAAGAACCAGCCCAUGCAAGGAAUGGCUUCUAUGGGCUCCCAGCAGUCACAAGCUGGUGUGGGCGGUCCCUCUGGUGCACCUGUGGGAGGGGCCCCAGGGAUGGUACCCAAUGCUCAGGCAGGUCUAGUUGGUCCUGGUUCACAGGUUUCUGCAGCGUCUGCUGCAGCUGGCGCACCACCUACGGCUGACCCCGAGAAACGCAAGCUGAUCCAGCAGCAACUGGUUCUCCUGCUCCAUGCACACAAGUGCCAGCGGCGGGAACAGGCCAACGGUGAAGUCCGGCAGUGCAACCUUCCCCACUGUCGCACCAUGAAGAAUGUUCUCAACCACAUGACACACUGCCAGGCUGGCAAAUCUUGUCAGGUUGCUCACUGUGCAUCAUCAAGGCAGAUCAUCUCUCAUUGGAAGAACUGCACGCGACACGACUGUCCUGUCUGUCUGCCACUGAAGAAUGCUGGGGACAAGAGGAACCCGCAGUGUGAGUCUCUACUUGGUGCUGCUGCUGCAGGUCUAGGCAAUUCUCUUGGUGCUGUAUCUGGUGGCCAACCAAGUGCACCUAACCUCAACCCGCCAAGUCAGAUUGACCCCAGCUCUAUAGAGAGAGCCUACGCAGCCCUGGGCCUCACGUACCAGGGCAACCAGAUCCAAGCCCAGUCUCCCCAGUCCAACAUGCCCAACCAAGGUCUGCAAGGCCAGACCGGCAUGAGGUCUCUGAAUCCAAUGAGUGCAAGUCCUAUGGGAGUUAAUGGAGGAGUGGGAGCUUCACCUCAAAGUCAACAAGCUAGCCUGCUACAGGAUACCAUGAUGCACCUGAAUGUGAACAGCCAAGGUCUGAUGAAUGAUGCCGGUGGGGUCGGCUCCUUGCCCACGGCGGCUCCACUCUCUGCCACGGGCAUGAGGAAAAGCUGGCAUGAAGACAUUACGCAGGACCUACGAAACCACUUGGUACACAAACUUGUUCAGGCCAUUUUUCCUACUCCAGAUCCUGCCGCCCUCAAGGAUCGACGAAUGGAGAACUUGGUGGCCUAUGCCAGAAAAGUUGAGGGAGACAUGUACGAGUCAGCCAACAGUAGAGCUGAGUACUAUCACCUCUUAGCAGAGAAGAUCUAUAAGAUCCAGAAGGAGCUGGAGGAGAAGAGGAGGACACGGCUCCAGAAGCAGGGAUUGGGCCUUGGGCCUGCAGGCAUGGGUCAGCCCUCCACUGGACUGCCUCCAAACGGUCCCCUCCCUGACCCAUCUAUGGUGCGGCCGACUGGACCAAAUCAGAUGGUCAACAGGAUGCAAAGCCCAGGUAUGAAUCAAUUCAAUCAGAUGGGGAUACAAUCUAUGGGCCAGAGGUCCACGCCUCCACUCCCGAUGGGAUCAUCUGGCAACCAGAUGGGAAUGGUUGGAUCCAGGAUGGGACAGCCCAAUGUCAACCAGAUGCAGAACCAGUAUCUGUCCCAGGGACAGUUUCCAGGCUCUGGAGGACCAGGAGUUGGUCCAGCUCAGCCUGCUAUUUCUCAGCCCGGUGCACAGACUGGAAUGGCACAAACUCAGAUGGGCACCCCUCCUUCUCUUCCUGUUGCUAGUCCACUGGGGCAGCCAGGUUCCGCUGGUGGUCCCAGUGGCAUCCCCUCUGUGGGAUCAAUGGGUCCCCAGAGCGUGGGUGGUGGAGGACCCAACUCGGCUGGUGGAGCACCUCCUUCCUCGAUGACUCCAUCUCACACAAACCAACAACCCAACUCCAUCCCUCACCUGGCAGCCAUGCGUGGCAGCUCCCCCUCCCCGGCUCACAGCCGAUCACCCACACCUCACCAAACACCCCCCAGAUUAGCUGGAUCCCAGACCCCACAGCCACACACGCCUAAUGCGCCACAGCUGGCUCCACCUCCCCAGCAAAACCAGCUCGGCCAAGGCCCGGGCUCCAACAAGUCCCUCCAGCAGCAGCAUAUAGGGCAGGCUGGGUCGACCACUCCGUCUCACCCUGGACUGGCCUCAAGUUCAACGCCGCAGCACAGUGCUCAGCUGCCACGCACUCCGUUGUCACAAAAGGGUUCAUUCCCUGUGGACAGCCAGGCCCUGACUCCGGCGUCCGUCAGCAGCCUGGACACUUCAUCACAGCAGCCGCAGUCGAACGCCUCAGCCACCAACCUGGACUCCAAAAUGGAGGUGAAGCAGCAGGACGAGGAGGAUGAGAGUGAUGCCGGAAGCUGCUCCAAAGGAGGGAAGCUCAGCAACCUCAAAAUGGAGGAAAAGCCCAUUAAAUCAGAGGUGAAGAAGGAGGAGUGUUCUGGAGAGGGAGGUAAAGGUGUUCCCAUGGAUACAUCAACAACGGUGCCAACGUCCGGCAUAAAAACGGAGGACAGGAAACCGGAGGUGAAGAAGGAGGUAAAAGAGGAGGAGGAGGAGACGUCAGAGGCAGCAACACAGGCCCCAGUGAAAAAGAAGAUCUUCAAGCCAGAGGAGCUUCGUCAGGCCCUGAUGCCGACCCUGGAAUCUCUCUACAGACAAGAUCCAGAGUCCCUUCCUUUCAGAAUGCCUGUUGACCCACAACUGCUGUGCAUACCUGACUACUUUGACAUUGUGAAGAACCCCAUGGACUUAUCAACCAUCAAACGAAAGCUGGACACUGGUCAGUACCAGGAUCCUUGGCAGUACGUGGAAGACAUCUGGCUGAUGUUUAACAACGCAUGGCUGUACAACCGCAAAACAUCCAGAGUCUACAAGUACUGCUCAAAGCUGGCUGAGGUGUUCGAGCAGGAGAUCGACCCCGUCAUGCAGAGCCUUGGCUACUGUUGUGGUAGGAAGUUGGAGUUUUCCCCUCAGACAUUGUGCUGCUAUGGAAAGCAGCUCUGCACUAUUCCCCGAGAUGCUGCUUACUUCAGCUACCAGAACAGUUCACCAAAAUUUGGGCUUGUUGCUAACAGGUACCACUUCUGCGAGAAGUGCUUCAACGAGAUACAGGGAGAGACGGUUUCCCUGGGCGACGACCCCUCCCAGCCACAGGCAUCAAUUAACAAGGAUCAGUUUGAGAAGAAGAAGAAUGACACACUGGACCCUGAACUGCUUGUUGAAUGUUUAGACUGUGGGCGAAGGAUGCACCAGAUCUGUGUCCUGCACAAUGAUACAAUCUGGCCGGCUGGCUUUGUGUGUGAUGGCUGCUUAAAGAAGACAAAUAAGACACGGAAAGAGAACAAGUAUUCUGCCAAAAGGUUGCCCCACACAAAGUUGGGAGUUUACCUGGAGACGAGGGUGAACGACUUCCUGAAGCGUCAGAGCCACCCGGAGUCUGGAGAAGUCACCAUUCGUGUCGUCCAUGUCUCAGAUAAAGUUGUGGAGGUGAAACCAGGCAUGAAGUCGAGAUUUGUGGACAGUGGAGAAAUGUCAGAGUCCUUCCCAUACAGGACAAAAGCCCUUUUUGCAUUUGAGGACAUUGAUGGAGCAGAGGUCUGCUUCUUUGGGAUGCAUGUUCAAGAGUACGGAUCUGACUGUCCUCAGCCAAACCAGCGGCGAGUAUACAUAUCCUACCUGGACAGUGUACACUUCUUCCGACCCCGUGGACUACGAACAGCAGUUUACCAUGAAAUCCUCAUCGGGUACUUGGAAUAUGUCAAGAGACUUGGCUACACCACUGGCCACAUCUGGGCUUGCCCACCUAGUGAAGGGGACGACUACAUCUUCCACUGUCACCCUAUAGAUCAGAAGAUCCCAAAGCCCAAACGUCUUCAGGAAUGGUACAAGAAAAUGUUAGACAAAGCUGUGGCAGAGCGGAUAGUGCACGACUACAAGGACAUCUUCAAGCAGGCAACAGAGGAUCGUUUGACCAGUGCCAAGGAGCUGCCUUACUUUGAGGGUGACUUUUGGCCCAAUGUGUUGGAGGAGAGCAUCAAAGAGCUGGAGCAAGAGGAGGAGGAGAGGAAAAGGGAGGAGAACAGCACUUCCAAUGAGAGUAUUGAUGACACAAAGAGUGACAGUAAAAAUGCAAAGAAGAAGAACAACAAGAAGACGAGUAAGAACAAGGGCAGCUUGAGCAGAGGCAAUAAGAAGAAGCCAGGGAUGCCCAGCGUCUCCAACGACCUUUCACAAAAACUCUAUGCCACUAUGGAGAAACACAAAGAGGUGUUCUUUGUGAUCCGGCUGAUCGCAGGCCCCAUGGCUAAUGCCUUGCCGCCUAUCUCCGACCCUGAUCCCCUGAUGGCGUGUGACCUCAUGGAUGGCCGCGAUGCUUUCCUGACAUUGGCUCGGGACAAACACCUUGAGUUCAGCUCACUGCGGAGGUCCAUGUGGAGCUCCAUGUGCAUGUUGGUGGAGUUGCAUAACCAAAGCCAGGACCGAUUUGUUUACACUUGUAAUGAGUGCAAGCACCAUGUGGAGACUCGUUUCCACUGUACUGUCUGUGAGGAUUAUGACCUCUGCAUCACAUGUUACAACACUAAGGGCCACGAGCACAAGAUGGAGAAGUUAGGCCUUGGUUUGGAUGAUGAGAGCAGCAACCAAGCCUCUGCUACUACCCAGAGCCCUGGAGACUCUCGUCGCCUCAGCAUCCAGCGCUGCAUCCAGUCCCUCGUCCAUGCGUGCCAGUGUCGAAAUGCAAACUGCUCUCUGCCGUCCUGCCAGAAGAUGAAACGCGUUGUUCAGCACACAAAGGGCUGCAAAAGGAAAACCAACGGUGGCUGCCCCAUCUGCAAACAGCUUAUCGCGCUUUGUUGUUACCACGCUAAGCACUGUCAGGAGAACAAGUGCCCAGUACCGUUCUGUCUGAACAUCAAGCACAAGCUCCGUCAGCAGCAGCUGCAGCACAGGCUCCAGCAAGCCCAGAUGCUAAGGAGGAGGAUGGCCAGCAUGCAAAGAGUGGGUCAGCCUGUUCCUGGAGGAGCUCCUGGUGGCAAUGGUCUACCUUCUCCAGGAGCUAACAACGGAGCAACUGGUCCUGGUACCCCUACAUCUGUGGGCACGCAGCCUUCUACCCCACAGACACCCACACAGGGGAAUAUGCCUGCACAUUCACAGCAGAAGGGUGUUGGGAUGGGGGGAAUGGGAGUGCCAGGUCAGCAACAGCAGGUUCAACAACAAAGUAGUGCCAUGCCACCGCAACACCAUCUCCAUCAGUUUCAGUCAGUGGGUGGAGGAGGUGGAGGGGGGAUGAUGAAUUCUCCUCAGCAGCAGAUGGUGUCUCAGCUCCAGCAGCAACCUCCCAAUGUCCAGCAGCCACAGCACCCUGGUGGUCUUCCUCCAUACAACCCCAGACCACCUGGAGCAUCUCCUCUCCACCAGUCUUUGGGUAAACCUGGACUGGGUCCAGCCACCCCACCCCAGCAACAACCCAACCAAGUCCAGGGGACCAUCCCUGUACAAGGACAACAGCAAGGCCCCCCUCUGGCUGCUGUUGAGACGGCCCUAAAAAUUCAGCGCCUAGCAGAGACCCAGAGACAGAUGGCCCAGGCCCAAGCACAGAUCCGUAACUUGGGACAGGGUGGCAUGAUUCCCCAACAUCCACACCACCAGAACACUCAGGCCCAGAUGGGCAUGCCCCACAUUGGGGCCCAGGGCAUGCCCCCACAGGCUCAGGGAGUUGUUGGCAGGACUAUGUUAGACCCACAGCAGCAGGGAAUGCUAGCAGGGAUGCAGCAAGGUGGCCCUCAGUCACAGUUGCCACCUCAGGUUCAGCAGCAGCUCCAGCAGGUUCAGUCUGGUGGUGGACAGCUACAGCCAACAAACCAGCAAUGGGGAGCCGGGGGACCAGCCAUGAACCCCCAACAACGACCAAGUAUGAUGGCCCACAUGGCUGCUCAGCAGCAGCAGCCAGGAGCUCCUCAGCAACCGCAGCAGCUGAUGAAUCAGCAGCCUCAAGCAGGAAACCGCGGGAUAAUGCAGGUAAUGGGUGUUUCAGGAGGGGUAGCUGCGACACCUGCUGCACUAGCAAGUGCAGCUGCGUCAGGAAACCUGCCCCAGGCAGCACUACAAGAACUCCUGCGAACGCUGCGCUCCCCAAGCUCACCGAUUCAACAGCAGCAAGUCCUCAACAUCCUACGUUCUAACCCUACUCUCAUGGCUGCUUUCAUCAGGCAAAGAGCAGCCAGAUAUCAAAAUGCUCAGGGUGGACCUGGAGGACCUGGGGGGCCACCUCAGGGGCCCCCUGGAGGUGUGAGGUUCCCAGGUGCUGCAGGAGGGCUGCCUGGUGUGGGAGGCCCUGGAGCUAACCAACUUACUAGCAUGGAAGGACAACAGCAAGUUAAUGUGAACCAGGCAGGUCAGCCAGGGAUGAACAUGGUUCAGGGUGGAGCAGGUGGUGGAAACAUGCCCACUAUGGCUCAGCUUCAGCAGUUACAACAACAGCAGCAACAACAACAACAACAACAACAGCAGCAGCAGCGGCCAAUGAUGCCUGGGAAUCUACAGCAACAGCAAAUGGCUGCUUUGCAGCAGCAACAACAACAACAACAACAACAACAGGGAGCAAUGCAAGCAGGGCAACAAGGCAACAUGCCAUCACAGUUUCGAGAAAUAUUGAUGAUGAGAAGACACCUACAACAGCAACAGCAGCAACAACAGCAGCAGCAGCAGAUGGGAAACCACGGGCAGUUCCAGCAGCAGCAAGGCCAGCAAGGCUUCAUGCAGCCUGGUCAGGGGCAGCCGGGUAUGCCACCCUCUUCACAACCCCAGCCAGGUGCAACAGGUGUAGUGGGCCCCCAGCAGCAGCAAGGGGGACCACAGGGUGGACCAGGACAGCCUGGUCAACAAGGCUACCCUAACUCCAUGUCAGUGAAUGCAGCGCUACAGCAAAGGCUCCAGAUGCAGAAGCAGCAGCAGCAGCAGCAACAGCAACAGCAACAACAACAACAGCAGAAUCAAAUGCUUCAAGGGCAAGAUGGAGGUCCCGGAGGAGCAGGAGGACCUCAACUUCAGCCUGGACCAGUCGGACCAGUGCAGGGACAACAGCAGGGGGGUGCUGGACCCCCACUGCCUCAGACAUCUCAAGGCAUGCUUCACCAGAACAUUCACCAGAGGUUGCUUCAGCAGCAGCAGCACCUCGGUGGAGGCUCUCCAGCCCAGCAUAGCAGUCCUAUGAGUCCGCAGCAGCAGAUGGCUCAGUCCCCCCACCAUCUCCAAGGACAGGGAGGACUUGGUCCUGCAGGGUCGCUCAGUAGUCAGGUCAGGUCCCCGCAGCCGUCACCAAGACCGCAGUCACAGCCGCCGCACUCCAGCCCGUCCCCGCGCAUGCAGCCCUCCGCUCAACCCCAGCCCUCACCUCAUCGCAUUUCUCCACAGACUCAGACCGGUUCGCCCCACCCGGGCCACUUAGGCCAACAUCACCCGAGCAUGGCACCGCCCCAGCCUCCCCAACCUCAGCAGCCGGGCGGUUCCAUAGAUCCCAGUCAGUUCAGCUCAGACCAGAAUUCCAUCAUGUCCCAGUUGAGUGGGAUGACGGGGAUGCACAGUGGUCAGGCAGGGCCGCCAGACAUGUUGGGAGGGAAUAACGCCAACAGCGGCAACAAUAACCAGGACCUGGGAACGAACAUUAACCACAACAGUUUAGACCUGAUGUAGCCCCGGCUCCACAUCGCUGCCCCCCAUGUACUGACAAACUGCCACGACAGGAGAGCAGCGUGGGACUGCGACUUUGAGGUUUUAGAAGUUUUUAUUUUCUAUUUAAAUAUUUUUGUGAUGUACAAAUAAGAACUGAAACUUCCUUCCUAUGGGAGAUGCAACAUAAAUCCUAGAAGUCAAUAAAAAGAAUAAAUUAAAACAAUGGUAAGUUAUUGCUGUUAAUAUAUAUAUAUAUAUAUAUAUAAAUAUCUAUAUAUUUUUGCCAAUUGUGUACAAAAUGGUGGAAGGGCAGUGUUUCAGGUUGAAGAUAUUUCUUCCUUAAGUCUAUGACUCAAUAUUUUUAGGGACUGAGAAUUUUGCCUUUUUAUGAAUAUUUUUAAGAUUUUAAAUGUGGCUAAAAAUUUAAAGUUAAAUGACACACGUACAUUUGUUUCCACCACCACCCCACCCCCUACUUUUAAAUACCCAGUCAUGAUUGUAUCUAUUUUGCAGAGAGUCAAGUAUAUUUUAUUUUUUUCCCCUCAGUGGAUCACAAAACAAGCACCGACAUAUCUUCCAUUACAGUCUUUCAUAGUCAUGGACAUUUUUCCACGAGUCGGAUGCAGAUGAGUUUAUCGAACGGGUGGAAGGGUGCGGGGGUUUAAUGCAGUUAAAUUUUUGACAUUGUUAUUGUUGUUUUGUUUGUUUUUUUAAAUUUCCAUCAGGGUCUUUUAGGUUUGAAUGAAACCAUAACAGUGUUUUUUGGAGGGCAGGUGACACUGACCUUGAGUUUGGUCAAACAGAUGAAGAUCCUUUUCACUCGUGUGCCGCGUCUCCACCCCACCAUCUUGAGUUUUCCUAUGAAUGUGCACAUCUUCCUCACCCUGAACCCUAAAAAAAACAAACAAAAUGGAGGGAUGAACUGUUAACGCCUGAUAUUUAAGCUGGAGGCGCUUUUUAUGUCUGUUUUUUUUUUUUAUCUGGCCAAUGUUUCACAGGUUGUGCAUGUACAUAUAUUAUAAAAGCUUGUUUUGGUUGUUUUUUUUUUUGUUUGUUUUUUUAAGAACUGUGAUACAAAGAAAAAGGUUGUUGAUGUGUUUUUUGGGCUGAAGUCGUUUAAAAAACUCCUGCCUGGUUCCUCAUCCUUUGAUGAUUUCCUCUUUCACUUCUCUUUCCUCCUUUGUUCCCUGAACUUCAUAACUGCCUCUCAGCCACAAAUCAAUGUCAGUACUGUACAAAGUUAAAGAAAAUGGUGGACUUAGAUACUGUUUUUGUAAUGAAAAGUUAAAAAGUGUAAACAACAAAAAACAAACACAAAGAAAUUGUACAUAUUUAAAAUGUUAUGAGCAGAAAGUUCCUGCUGCUUUGUUCCCUUUUCUUGUUCGAUUUGGUAUUUGCUGUAUCUGUAAAAAUAUGAUAAAGAAAAUGAUAAAAAAAAAAAAUCUACAAAAGUACUCCUGAGCUACUGUACAGUAUUGAGAUUUUUUCUAAAAUGGUACAGUGUGGGGGUGUCGUAGGUCACAAGCACCAAUGCGCCUUUUUCUGUGUAUUUUUCAACAAGGGAGGGUGUCGGUCACACGCCUGGACAAAGACCUGCACCAGGGUCAGGCGUCCAUCAGAAGUGUUGAUCGGAAUCCGUUUAAAUUUGGUUGUUUAGCUUUUUACGGAGAGGACUGAAGACACAAUAUUCACACGCUCACUAUUUUUCUCAGAAAGGUUGGGCUUUGCUGGGUUUUGGGGGGAGGGGGAACGCGUCAGAACCAGGUGGCAAUAUAUCUUGAGACUUAUUUUAUAAAGAAAAAAAGAAAAAAAAACACAAGGAAAAACUGUCUUUUAUAUAUAGAUAUAUUAUUUAAUUUUAUUUUUUUGGAAAUAAAACUUGAAGCUACAGGAAUUAUUAGAUAUAAACAUGUUUUGUUUUGUAUUAAAAAAAAAAAAGAUGUUAAUGGUGAUGCAAAAUGACACUGCGGACAGUCUCGGUCGCUCAGUUUGCCCCCGGGGGAGCUGCGGAGUUUAAUUAUACCAUCCUUUUUUGAAGAAACCUUUCAUGUACAUGACUAUAGUUGUAAAAAAAAACAAAAACAAAAAAACAUACUGAAUCACUGUACAGACUGAUGGCAACUGAACAAAUGGUUUUGUUUUUAUCAUUUCUUCUCCUCUAAAGAGACUGGAAAUACGACUAUUUAAAUAUUUGUUUAGUAUUCAAAUGAAAUCUUUGACCACUUUUCUUUUUUUGUUCCUCUUGUUAACAAUUUUUUGGUGCUUGCUGAGAGAAAGCAAAAAUAACUGUUGCUCCAUUUUCAAUAGUUUCUUUUUUUAAGUUAUUUUGGUGGUCUGAUUGUUUUUUUGCCAAUAAAUUAAUUGUACAAUAAAGUAUGUUUGUACCAUUGGAAAAAUUA